AUGCCAAAUAUAUCUCCAAUUACAUAUAAUACCUUCCCAUGGCCAUCUAGUCAAUACUCUCAAAUCCCACCAGAUCAAUUGGACUCAAGUGACACAAUGUCCAUAUCCAAACUCGCUCGAUGGCGCACCUACUGGUUCGCACUGGUACUAUGCUGCGGCGGUGCUCUAUUCGGCUAUGACUCCGGCGUCAUAGGCGGCGUACUCACCUUCCCUUCAUUCGAGGAUUCCUUCGGGAUAACGCCAUCCCAAAAAACAAGCAUCAGUGCCAUUGCCGUAGGAAUCCAGCAGGCAGGCGCAUUUGCAGGCUGUUUCCUCGUCUGGCCACUGACUAAUAUCUAUGGACGACGGAUCGCAAUGGCAGUGUGCAGUCUGGUCUUUUGUAUCGGGGUGAUUCUGGAAACCGUCGAUACUCGUUCCCUGGUGGCGUUUUAUGUCGGUCGGGUGAUUUGUGGCUUGGGGGUUGGGGGUUCGGCGACAAUUAUCCCAAUCUAUAUGUCGGAGAUGGCACCCAAGGAGAUCCGUGGACAGCUGGGGAGCUGUUACCAGCUUACUUAUACGGUCGGGAUUCUGGUGUCGUAUUGGAUUGACUAUGGUGUUAAGAGUAUGGAGGCCAGUGCGCGACAGUGGCAAUUGCCUAUUGGGUUGCAGCUUGUUCCCGGUUUGCUGAUGGGAGUUGGAAUGCUGGGUAUUAGUGAGAGUGUGCGGUGGCUUUUGGCGAAGGGGCGAGAGGAAGAGGCAUGGAAUAGUCUGGUUUGGAUACGUGCUGGAGAGGGCGAGGAUGUAAGAGGUGAGUUUGACGAUAUGAGACGAGGCCUGGAAGAAGAGAGACAUGCGACUGCUGGGUUUCGGAUGCGGGAGCUACUCGAAGGCCCGAAUCUGCACCGCCUACUUAUUGGCGGAGGCCUGUUUCUGGCGCAGCAGUCGACUGGGUCGACGGCGUUGGCGUAUUUCGGGCCUCAGUUCUUUGCAUUGCUGGUUGGGGAUGGCGAUCGGACAUUGUUGCUCACUGGCAUUUUCGGCGCUAUCAAGGUCGUGUCGUGUCUGAUCUUUGUGGUCUUUUUAUCUGAUCGAUUUGGUCGUCGGCCCUUGCUUGCUGGUGGUGCGGCUUUCAUGGCUGUAUGCAUGAUUGCGACUGCGGCUGUGAUCAAGACGUAUCCGCAGCCUGGGGAUGGGACUGUUUCAUCGUCUGGAAUUGCGACUGUCGCCUUGAUUUACCUCGAUAUCAUUGCCUACAACUUCAGCUGGGGGCCAUUGCCUUGGCCAUGCACAAGUGAGAUCUUCCCAACUCGCAUUCGCGAGCCGGGUGUUGCGUUCGGUGUUGGAUCGCAGUGGUUGUUCAACUUUGUGUGGAGCUUCUCGACGCCAUAUAUCCAGGCUAGUCUUGGAUGGGCGACAUUCUUGCUCUUUGGGUUGCUGGAUGUGGUUAUUGUCGGCUUUACCUAUUUCUGUCUUAAAGAGACUGCCGGCAAGACCCUUGAAGAGAUCAAUGGUAUGUUUGAGGGGAUUCCUGACUUCGAGCAAGGGAAGUCUACCAGUUUAGAUGAAGACAGGCAGUCCUGUCAUGCUCGGGAGUCGUCAACUGUCACUCGGUCAGACUCUAAGCAUCAAGCUGCACAUGUUGAGUCAGUCGCCGGACGAUCUUGA